AUGCAUUAUGAAAAGAAAGCUAUUCCGAAAGAGAAGAGACGUGCCGCCGCCGCCGCCGCCGCCGCCGCCGCAGCCGCCGCCGCCGCCUCCACGCCCACCGCGGCCAAUGUUGCCGUCGCCACCGUCGCCGCCGCCAACGCCGCCGCCGCGACUCCCGCGACUACGGUGACCACCGUGCCGACUGUUGAAGGACAGUACGCGCCACCCACGCCGCAAGUGCAUGAACAAACGCCGCGACUGUCACGAGUGAAUCAAGACACGCGCUCCGUCCGCUCGUCAAGAAGAAGGGCAGAAAUAGAGGCCAAAUUAAGAGUGGCCCGCCAGGAACUGGAAGUUGCCAAAGCGGAAUUGGAGUUGGCCCAAUUGGAUUCCGACAUGGAAGAGGAUCCAGAAGAAGUGCAGUACAGGCAAAUGCAGGUCAAAAAUUGGUUGGACCACUCGAACACCAUCGCCGAGAGGGUCCCGCCGGAACUACAACCAAUACCGCCGCCGCCGCCCGCCGCGCCGCUGCCGCCGCCGCCACAAGUCCUACCGCUGCCGCCGCCACCGCCGCCGCAAGUGUUGCCGCCGCCGCCGCCGCAGCCGCUACCUACGGAAGGGAGAACAGACAUUCAAGAGUUAGCCAUGGCCAUCACCAAGCUGUCACAGAGGGCAGAGGGUGGCCUCACAAGACAACUGGUCGACCUCCCAAGUUUCAAUGGCGCAUGUGAAGAAUGGCUCGCGUUCAGAAGGUCAUAUGAAGACACCGCGCGCUCCUUCACGCCGGCACAGAAUUUGGCGCGACUACGAAGGUGUCUCCAGGGGCACGCAAGGGAGGCAGUCAAGAGCCUCCUAUUCACCGCCGAGAAUCCGGAAGAGCUGAUGAAGAGCCUGGAGGUCCGGUUCGGCAGACCUGGAGCCAUAGCCCUGGCGGAGUUAAAGAAGAUGGAAAGGCUGCCAAGGGUCAACGAGUCAUCAGGGGAGAUCUGCAUGUUUGCCAGCCGAGUCCGCAAUGCCGUGGCCACCAUCAGGGCACUCGGCAAGACAGAAUAUUUGUGCGCACCAGGGGCCGUGGAGUGUCUUAUUGAGAAGAUGCCGCCGACCAUGAAGUCUCGGUGGCUGAUGUACCAACGUGAGCGCCGGGCAGAGGGAAAACCAGCGCUCGAACUCAUGUAUGACUUCAUGGAAGUUGAAGCAGAUAUUAACAGUGAUUACGCUCCCCCGGAAGUGUCCUGGGACCAGAAGAGAAAUAUGUUCAAGAGGCCGGUUCACCAUGUCCAACAAACAGAAGGACGCCGUGAAGAACCAAAGACUGACGCGAAGAAGUGCCCAGAGUGCCGUGAAGACCACUGGCUGUACGAAUGUAAGAAAUAUAAAGAAGCCAGUGUUGAAGAUAAGUGGGAAAUAGUGAAGAAGGCAAGAAUGUGCUUCAAAUGCCUGCGCUUCAAGCACUCAAGGAACACGUGUCGGGCACAACCAUGCAAGAAGUGCAUGAGGUGGCAUCACAUCAGUCUUCACUCAGAGAAGCCCGCAGCGGCGAAGACUCAAGAGAAGCCCGCCGAAGGAGUUGUAUCGUCGGUACACACCACGAGCUGCGGAAAGGCCUACUUGAAGAUGACGCCGGUGAACCUCUACGGGCCCAAAGGGACAGCAAAAGUGCUCGCGCUCCUGGACGAAGGGUCCACCGUCACGCUGCUGGACUCAUCAGUGGCAAAGAAGAUUGGGGCGCAAGGAAAGCCGGAAGCCAUCACCAUCGAGAUGGUCGGGGGGAACGGUAUGCAGAAGAGCAACUCCCAGAAAAUCAACAUGAAGAUCAAGGGGGUCCAUUGCAGAAAUAAGCUCAACAUGGAAGCAAGAACUAUCGACAACUUGAAGCUGGCGAAACAAGGGGUCGAAGAAAGAAUGCUUCAAAAGUGUAAACACUUACAGAAGAUCAAGGACAAGCUGGUCUACGACAAGGAAGAACCACAACUACUGAUCGGGCAAGAUAACUGGGGGCUCAUAGUCACACGGAUACUACGCAAAGGGAAGGCCUCCGAACCAGUUGCCUCCUUGACCAGCUUGGGAUGGGUCUUACACGGAUGCGACGCCGGAGGAAGUGUCCCUGUCAAGUUCGUGCACCACAGCAGGUUGAUGGAAGACGAAACAGAAGCCCUGGUCCGCCGGCACUUCGAGAUAGAGUCGCUCGGGGUGCAAGCACGUCGGCCAAGUAAUGACGCCGACAAAAGGGCACUCGACGUCCUAGAGAAGACCACGAAGAGGCUACCAAAUGGACGGUUCGAGUCUGGGCUGCUGUGGAAAAGUGAAAGGGAAACUCUACCGAACAACUACCAUCAGGCACACCAGCGUCUCAUCAACAUGGAGAAGAAAUUAGACAAGGACCCAGCACUGAAGACUUCGUAUGAAGAACAAAUAGAAAAUCUGCUGAAGAAUGGAUAUGCAGAGAAAGCUCCAGAAACCACGACGCCAGGGAGAACAUUCUACUUGCCUCACUUCGCGGUGAUGCACCCGAUAAAGAAGAAACCGAGGAUAGUUCUCGACGCCGCCGCCAAGUUCAACGGGAAGAGCCUCAACGAUGCGCUGCUGCCUGGGCCUGACUUAUUGCAGUCGCUCUUCGGAGUGCUUCUCAGGUUCCGGGAAGGUCCAGUCGCCGUCGUCGCCGACAUCAAGGAAAUGUUCCUACGCAUCCAAAUGAGGGAAGAAGACCGGGACAGUCUGCGGUUCUUAUGGCGCGGCAGCAAAAGGAACGGCAAACCGGAAGAAUACCAAAGGACCUUCUGGACAGACUCCAGCACCGUCCUUCAAUGGUUGAAAGCAGACCCGAGAAAAUUCAAGACGUUCGUGGCCCAUCGCCUCGCGGAAAUUGAAGAGCUGACGCGAAUUCAAGAUUGGAGAUGGGUGCCGACAAAGGAAAACCCCGCAGAUGAUGCCACAAGAGGCACUCCGAACGAGUUUGAUGAAAACGCAAGAUGGUUCAAAGGUCCCACCUUCUUAUAUGGAAACAAAGAAGAUUGGCCGGCGAGACGCUUUGAAGUCAAAGAAGAACUCACCGGAGAAGAGAAGAAUCCCCAAGUUGUUGCCACAUUGAAGGUCAUACCACAAGUCACUCCGGACCCGAAGAGAUUCUCCGACUGGACUCGACUGCUACGCAGUACAGCGCGCAUAUUCCAGUUCAUCGACCUGCUAAAAAGAGGAGUAGCGGAAAAAAGAAGUGUCCACAUCGUCAGGCACCGAAGAUGGAAGAAAACACCGAGUCACGUCCCCCGGGAGAAGAAAAAAGAAAAGGUCUUCUUAACGCUGGAAGAUAAGUUCAUACAUAGGGCAGAAAAGGAGCUUAUCAAGAGGAGCCAGCAGGAGAGCUUCUCCAAAGAACUUUGCUGCCUCGAAAAAGGGAGGCCACUGGAGAACUCGAGCCGACUAAAGAAGAUUGACAUAUACCUGGAUGGCCGCGGAAUCCUAAAACUGAGGACGCGCACCAGGAAGAUUGGUUCGGGAGAAGGACGAACCAACCCGAUCAUACUGGACGGGAAAAGUCAAAUCCGCCGGCUCAUCAUAGGGUUCUAUCACAAACGGUUCUACCAUGGCAACUCCGCGACGAUAAUCAACGAAAUAAGGCAGAAGUUCUGGGUACUCGGCUUGCGCAGCACCACAAGAUGGAUCACACAUGGGUGUCAAUGGUGCAGAGUCCACAAGGGAGAGCCUCAAAUACCACCCACCGGAGACUUGCCGGCCGAACGAUUGCAGCAUCAUCAACCACCCUUCACCUGCACGGCAGUAGAUUACUUCGGCCCGAUGCAAGUCACGAUCGGGAGGAGAACUGAGAAGAGAUGGGGAGCCCUGUUCACCUGCUUAACGACCCGGGCGAUACACCUGGAGCUGGCUAAUUCAUUAAGCACCAGCUCCAUGAUCAUGGCCCUGCGAAGAAUGGCUGCACGAAGAGGGACGCCGAAGAUAAUCUUCAGCGACAACGGGACUAACUUCGUGGGGGCCAAUAGAGAAUUGCAAGAGGCCGCCUCAAGGGAAGGAAUCACAUGGCGAUUCAUCCCACCUGGAUGUCCGAAUAUGGGAGGCGCCUGGGAAAGAAUGGUCCGCUCGGUAAAGACAUCAUUAAUGACCGUUCUUAAAGAAAAAUCACCACCAGAAGAGGUCCUACACACGCUCCUCCUCGAAGUGGAGCAUAUCGUGAACUCGCGUCCCCUCACCCACAUCAGUAUGGAUCCCGAGGACGAAGAAAGCCUAACGCCGAACCACUUCCUCAUCGGAAGAUCCUGUGGAGCAAUGGCGCCGGGUGUAUUUGAAGACCACGACCUCAUCGGGAAGGCGAACUGGAGGACAGCGCAGCGCUUGACGGACCACUUCUGGCAAAGGUGGCUGAAGGAAUACCUGCCAACUUUGAUGCCGAGGAAAAUAGCCGGCCGGGAGACCGAAGACCCUCAAGUCGGCGACGUCGUAUUAAUAGUCGACGCGACGCUACCAAGGAACACUUGGCCACGAGGGGAAGUGCUGCGAGUGUAUCCUGGACCGGACGGCAGAGUAAGAAUCCUCGACGUGCGAACACCCGGAGGAGUGCUGCGGCGACCGACGCGACGAGUGGUAGUCCUGGUUCCUGCCAAGACGUCGCAUCCGGAGGAAGGAGUGCUUCGCACUGCGGGGGAGAAUGUUAGCGACGUCAAGAAUAGUCAAGAUUAAUGUUGGCAGCAUCAUGUAAAAUAGUGCAAAUUAGCUAAUUAAUCUGUUUCGUAAUUAAGAAAAUGAACAUGAAAUUUUCGCCAAAAAGGCAAUACCGUAGCGAAAACCAUCAGGCUCUCUCGCUUACUCACUCGGUAGGCCUCUUUCUUGCAUUGUCUGAUCUCUCACUUCCACAAAAUAGCUUCUCUUUCACACUUUUCUGGAAAAUCUGGAAUGUUCAGGAAAAAAUAGAGAAGAAACGAGACGGAAAUAUCGGACCUCUCGCUUCGAACAUUCUAGAGCGCGAGAUAGCAAUAUGUUUUGUCCUUGUCUUGCACGGAUGGUCCGUUGCGCGAGGCAAUACCGUAAAGAGAGCCGUUUUAGGUUUUUUGUCAAUAACUUCGCCAAUUUUGGGAAUUUUGUGAUGAAACUUUUUGUAUAAUGUAGAUAAUUUAAUUACGCAUCUGUAGAAAAUAAGGAACCAUUGUAAAACUACCUGCCAGUUGGAGAAAAUUAGCAAAAACUGUGGAUUUCCCGAAGACAGGGAUAGCAAUAGCAUGUGAAAGCGGGACG